GCGCGAGGGGCGGCGGGCCCGGUGCCGUGCGCGCGUGCAGGGGGCGGGGGCGGCGCUCCCGGCCCGGCGGCCGCUCCCUGCCCGGCCCGGGGCGGAGGGACGGGCGGGACGGGCAGGACGGUCCCCGGCUCCGCGGGCCCGGCGCGGCCGCGCUCGGAUUAUGAGGGAGCCAUGAGCCCGCUGCGGGGCUGGCUGCUGGCCGCGCUCCUCUCGCUCACCCCGCGGGCAGGUCCCGCCGCGCAGGCCGGCUCGCUGCAGCGGAGGCUCCCCCGGGCCGGAUGGCAGGACGGGCGGGUGGUUUCCCAAAUCACCCACCCCAGCAGGUUGGUGGGGCAGAGCUCAGGAGGAGAAGUCCAGAAGCAUCAGCUGGACACCAGGGUCAGGAAUGAGCCUGGAGGAGGAGGAGGCGGCCCUGGGCUGCACCUGGCAAGGGUGAGCUUCGUGGUGCGCGCCUUCGGCUCGGCCUUCACCCUCGACCUCCAGCUGAACCACCACCUCCUCGCCUCCCACUACGUGGAGCGGCACGUUGGUGCGGGCAGCAACGGCAGCCACAGCACGGGCGCGGGGGAGCACUGCUACUACCAGGGCCGGGUCCGGGGGCAGCCCCGCUCCUUCGCAGCUCUCUCCAGCUGCCAGGGCCUGCGCGGGGUCUUCUCGGACGGCCGAGCCACCUACUUGAUCGAGCCCCAGGCGGGCGCCGCGCACGGGCAGGGCCUUCGACCACACGUCGUCCAGCGCGUCCCCAGCUGCGCCCGGCCAGGUCAGCCUUUGUGUGGGGCUGGUGCUCGUCCCCGAGGACUGGUGGCCCCGGUGGCCCCGUGUCCUGCGCCCCGCCAGCUCCGUCCCUUCCCUCCAGGCUGCCUCUUCCCUGCGCUGAACCAGCACCUCGCAGGCGGGUUACCAAAGCGGCGGCGGCGGCGGCAGGUACGCCGAGCCCAGCACACGGUGCACAGCGAGACCAAGUACAUCGAGCUGGCCGUGGUGAACGACCACCAGCUGUUCCUGCAGCUCCGCAAGUCCGUGGUUCUCACCAGCAACUUUGCCAAGUCCGUGGUCAACCUGGCCGACAUGAUCUACAAGGAGCAGCUCAACACACGCAUCGUGCUGGUGGCCAUGGAGACGUGGGCCUCAGAGGACCGGAUCCGGAUGGGGGAAGAUUCCCUGGAGACGCUCAAUGAGUUCGUGAAGUACCGGCGCGAGGGGCCGGCGGAGCAGAGCGACACCGUCCACCUCUUCUCGGGUCGGACGUUUCAGAGCAGCCGCAGCGGCACCGCCUUCGUGGGGGGCAUCUGCUCGCCCACCCGUGCCGGGGGUGUCAACGAGUACGGCAACGUGGCGGCCAUGGCGGUGACGCUGGCGCAGACACUGGGGCAGAACGUGGGCAUGAUGUGGAACAAGCACCGCGUGGCAGCAGGGGACUGCCGGUGUCCGGACUCGUGGCUGGGCUGCAUCAUGGAGGACACAGGGUACUACCUCCCGCGGAAGUUCUCCCGCUGCAGCAUCGACGAGUACAACCAGUUCCUGCAGGACGGCGGCGGCAGCUGCCUCUUCAACAAACCCCUGAAGCUCCUGGACCCUCCAGAGUGCGGCAACGGCUUCGUGGAGGCGGGAGAGGAGUGCGACUGCGGCUCGCUGGCGGAGUGCGCAAAGAGCGGGGGCAACUGCUGCAAGAAGUGCACGCUGACCCACGACGCCAUGUGCAGCGACGGGCUCUGCUGCAAAGGCUGCAAGUAUGAGCCACGCGGCGUGUCCUGCCGGGAGGCCGUGAACGAGUGUGACAUCCCCGAGAGCUGCACCGGGGAUUCCAGCCAGUGUCCUCCCAACCUCCACAAGCUGGACGGCUACUUCUGCGAAAACGAGCAGGGACGAUGCUACGGCGGGCGCUGCAAAACCAGAGACCGGCAGUGCAAUGCGCUGUGGGGCCGCGGCUCGGCCGAACGUUUCUGCUACGAGAAGCUCAACGUGGAGGGGACCGAGAGGGGCAACUGUGGGCGCGAGGGCCUGGGCUGGCUGCAGUGCAACAAGCAGGACGUCCUCUGCGGCUUCCUCCUCUGCGCCAACAUCUCGGGGGCGCCCCGGCUGGGCGAGCUCAGCGGUGAGAUCGCCACCACCACCUUCUUCCACCAAAACCGCUACGUGGACUGCAGGGGAGGCCACGUGCAGCUGGUGGACGGCUCAGACCUGAGCUACGUGGAGGACGGGACGCCGUGCGGCCCUGGCAUGCUGUGUCUCGACCGUAAAUGCCUUCCAGCCACCGCCUUUAACUUCAGCUCCUGCCCCGGCAGCUGGGACGGGAAGAUCUGCUUCGACCACGGGGUUUGCAGCAACGAGGGCAAGUGCAUCUGUCGGGCCGAGUGGACGGGGAAGGACUGCAGCGUCUACGACCCCAUCCCUGAGCCGAAGCCGACAGGGGAGACUGAGCGAUACAAGGGUCCCAGUGGCACCAAUAUCAUCAUCGGCUCCAUCGCAGGGGCCGUGCUGGUGGCUGCCAUCGUCCUAGGGGGGACAGGCUGGGGAUUUAAGAACAUCCGCCGAGGAAGGUACGACCCGGCGCAGCAGGGAGUGUAACCACCCCCCCCAUCAUCUCCUCCUCGUCACCGUCACUGUCACCGUCACCGUCCGGCAGCCUGACGGCGUGGGAGCCCCCCCCCGGGCCGGGCCCGUCUGUCCGUGUCGCUGUGUGUCCGGCCGUGCUGUCUCCAUCUCUGUGCCCCCCACAGCUGAAAAGAGAUGGUGGUUGGGGGGGGCCUGGCAGCAGCUUCCCCACCCCCCCCACCCCAUUCUGGCUCUUUUCGGCUCAGUGUACCCCCAUGUGUCCCCCCCAUGUCACAGCCCCACACUAAACACAUCCCACUUCUGUG